GAACUUUUUUGAUAACAUAUUUCAAUCUGAUAAAUUGACAAAACUUAAUCGAAUCAGAUGACAUCUUUGUAUUAGUUUGCUCUUAAAGCUAUUUCAAAAAUUAUAAGUGCUAGAUUAACCGGUAUAUCUCCCCACUUGUCGUAUUCACAAGGAUCAUUACAAUACUGAUUGGACCUAGAGAAUUUGCAAGCAUAAUCAAAUCAAAUACGAAGUGGGAUUAAUAAUAUCGAAUAAAAAUACCUUAAUUAUGUUGAAACAUAAAACGCGUGAAGUAAAUAAGACGGAAUAAAUAUUGUGCCGAGACAAAAGUGUUUUGGUCAUGGCAACAUCAACAUGCGAUGACUCCGCUUCAGAUCAGGCAGACAGUAAGCUUUUUGUUGCGGCCAUAGACGUUGGAACUUCGUUUUCUGGAUGGGCAUUUGCCUCCAUUUCUGAUCUGGAAAAGGCGAAAGGAACUAAUAUUCAUGUAAAGCCUUGGUAUUCAACAUACACUUCAUGUUCCACUGGAAAAACAUCAACAUGCGUUUUGAUAAAACCAGACGGUGAAACACUGGACUCAUUCGGCUAUGAGGCAGAAAGAAGAUAUAAUGAAUUAUUAUCAAAAGACCAACACGAGAAGUAUUUCUUCUUUAAAAACUUCAAAACUAGUCUGUAUGGGAAAUAUAAUCAGCCGUUGAGCACAGAACUGAAGCUUGUUGACCAAAUGGAAAAGGAGCUUCCAGCAAUAAAAGUAUUUUCAGUAAGCAUUCGGUUUUUAGCCGAGGACAUGUUCACGGAUUUAAAAAGAAGAUUUCAAGACAUACGACCGGGGGAUAUAAGAUGGGUUGUUACUGUUCCUGCAAUCUGGACAGACCAAGCAAAAAAUUUGAUGAGAAAAUCUGCCUUACAAGCAGGAUUAUCAUCAGACAGUAUAUCAAUAGCUCUUGAGCCUGAAGCUGCGUCAGUUUAUUGUCGGCAACUUGAUGUUUGUGCUGUUAAUAGAGACUCUGGUGUUACGUUAUCCUCCUUGACGAUUGGAAGUAAAUACCUUGUGCUAGAUGCUGGUGGUGGAACAAUAGAUUUAACAAUACACGAAAUUGCUCCUUCAAAUUGUGUUAAACAAGUUGUUGUUUCAAGUGGAAAUAUUUUCGGCGGAAAUGCAGUGAACAAGGAGUUCGAAAAGUUCCUAAAAACUGCUCUGUCUGAUGAAAAGUAUGAACAGUUUAAACAAUCGGAAACUGAAGAUUGGGUGUUUCUAAUGGGUGAAUUUGAAGUGAAAAAGAAAUCUUUUCAUCCAGAUAAUGCCCAUCGUGUAAAUAUGAGAUUUCCGCUAAGUUUAAAAGAUAUAUAUGAAUCAAACAAACGAAAUUCAUUUCUACGAAUAGUGAAGAAGACAAAGAGUAUUGAAAAAGCCUUUAACCGGACGGACUUUGGUGAAGACAUAAUUAUCAAAAGAGACAAAAUUUCCUUCCCAUCAGAUGUUUUCGUCAAGUUUUUCGGACCAGCUACAGACAUGACAAUACAGCAAAUAAAAAAAGUGAUAAGAAAAAUACACGGAGGAACAAUUUCCUGUAUUUUAAUGGUAGGUGGCUUCUCUGAAUGUAUCCUUUUGCAGCAACUUGUAAAAUCUGAAUUUCCUCACAUUCCUGUUAUUGUACCAGUAGAGGCGUCAACUGCAGUGCUUCAAGGGGCAGUUUUAUAUGGAUAUUAUCCGCCUGUUGUUUCAGAGAGGGUUUUGAAAUAUAGCUAUGGUAUUUCAGGUAGUACAAAAUUCAUUCCAGAUAAACACCCCAUAGAGAAACGUUUGGUCAUUGAUAGUGGAGUUCAGUGUAAAGAUAUAUUCCACAAGCACGUUACUCGAGGAGAUUCAAUAAAAUUUGACAUGCAACACAAGGAAUGGUAUUUUCCACAAUAUCGAAAUCAAAAGAAGGUACACUUUUAUAUAUGUGCAUCAAAACUUUUAAACCCUAGGUUUACCACAGACAAAGACUGUCAUGUUAUUGGCAAGAUCAUUCUAAACUUAUCUGGCUCACGUGGUAUGAGCAAUAACCCACUAGAAGUGACAUUUAUGUUUGGAGGCACAGAAAUAACUGUAAUUGCCGAAGAAGCGAAGACACGGAGACAUGUGAAAACAGUUGUCAGUUUCCUAGAAUAAGGUUGAAAACAACGAAUCAUUUCUUCGUCUACCUUUCCGUAGAUUAUACUUAUUUUAGAAAACAAAGAACUAGAAAUUUCACAUAGAUGUCUUCUAAAGCAACAGGACUGGAAUCUUGCAAUUUUGUUUCAGUUGUGUUUAUGUGUAUGCAAGUAAACGCAGAACAUAAUUGAUAACUACCACAACCAUCAUCAAAUUUUAUAUUUCAUAUUUAAAAACUGAUGGAAUUCCUGAAAAUAAGUGAUCAUUUCACAUCUUGUCAUAUUGAGUCAGAUGUAAAGAAAUCGAGUAACUCAGUCGAUUAACAUAUACAUCAACGUAGCCUUUAGCACAUAAUUCUGUAUAUUUCUGUCAAAGGAAUCAAUAGACAUUUCUCCCAUAACUACCUGUUUACAUAUAUUAAGCAUAGUGAUCAAUACAGUAUCCUACAAGACCAUACUGUUUCACUGUAUGUAUUUUAACAAAAGUAUUUUACCGAGUUGAAUAAGUAUGCUGAUAAGAAAUUGUGUCAAGUUGAAAAGGCUUAUGAAAAUAGUAAACGAAAUUGAAUUAUCCGGACAGCAACGAUGAUUGAAAUGUAAAAGUAACCAGAAUUGCUGACUAGGAUAAAAAUAUUUAACAUCUGGUUAGUUGGAAUAUUAUCUAUAUACUCAUAUACUAUGACAUGUCAUUCCGUUUGCUUUCAUUUACUUUAAUAAAUAUUCAUUUAGUAAAAAUUAAUAUUUGGUUUUAGUUCGCCGGCUUUUCCGAGAUCUUUAUUUCCUUUCAUUAGGCUUUUUGGAGAAAUAAUGCUUCUUUCAUUAGGUUUAGUUCGUCGUUUAAAUAAUGCAAAUAUCAGAAAACAUUCAGUCCUUCCUUAAGAUCAAAUAUAAGAUAAAUGAUUGCGAAAUAGACAGAGAUAUUCCUUCAGAUGCUUUGUGGCGGCUGUAAAAAGUCUCCCCGUAUAUUUAAUCAAAAAUGUUAUAUUUUCGAUCCUUAGAGAUCGUUCAGUGCGACGUUAUUGUUUAUGAGUGCUUUUUGAGGUACUUUAAGUUAUUUCCAAUAAUACAGUUCAAUAAUUCUAUGGAUAUUUUGCCUGCUUUAUAAUUUUGUCUUUUGAAAGCCAAUCAAUCAUAUGCGGGCUUCAUAGUCUCUGAUCCCCUUUCAAAAUUCUAUUUCAUUAAAAGAAUUUUGUUUCGCCCAUUCCAUUGUUUUCUCGUUUAGGGUACAGGCAUGUUUUUAUUUAGGGACCAUAUGCCUAUUCUCAUUGCAUGGUAGUUGAAGGUUCCAUGCAUGAUAAACGCCAUAUGAACACAUCUAAUUCAACAGUUUAUGUUAAAUAUUGAAUUCUGCUUAAGUCGGCGGUAGAGAGUGUGGACGAUAGUUGAAAUUGCAAGUCGAACCUGCGACAUUUUCAAUUUUGCCGUAUUGGGCUUUCUUUAGGGAUUCUGUUUUCAUCUGCUUUGCAUUAUUUUAGAAGAAAAAAUUACAAUUAUAGCAAUGUAUUUCUAUCCUUGAUACAGGUUACAAUACUUUGUUUCUCUUUCUGGAAUUUCCACAAAUAAGUUAAAACAAAAGUCAUUCUUAAUGUUGUCUCAGUCACCUGUCAAGUUCUUAUACUU